AUGGACACGUCUAUUGGCUCAGACGGCGAGCAGUCAGACGACAGGAGCAGUCCCGAAGAGUCAAGCUUAGUGUCCACUGCCGAUCUGGAGGACCGAAAACGUCGGGGAGACAACAGGUCAGUGUCCCCCUUGGGAGAUGGUCACUCUCUGUCAACUCUGAAAUUCUCCGUUGAAAACAUUCUCAGCCCAGAAUUUGGGUGCAAAAUCAGAAAAUCUGGCAGUCACGGAUCACCGCCCGUAGGCGGUGCCUUGGCCUUGAAGAAGCUGUGCCACAGUGACGCCGUACUGACCACGACUGCUGCAUCCGCCGUUAGAGACAGAUAUUCGACCACUACAGCAACGAGGACGAUCGAACUGCCGGUCACCCUGCCCGCUUGGGUCUACUGUACGCGAUACUCGGACAGGCCAUCUUCAGGUGAGCUACACGUUCAUGCUGUAUUCCUGACGGACAGACGACGGUUGAUUGCGAUAAGUCAUAAGUCAUAA